UGUUUAGGACAAGGACUGAUAAUAAAAUCACCAAUACUGCCAACCGACACAGCGGAUUCGUUAAUUGCAGCGCAACCUGGCAUUCGUACCGGUGUCUUCGAACGCCAUGUCGAAUUGUCGCCGCUAACCCAAACCAACCAACUGUCAUCACCAUCAAAACUUGUCAACUCUACAGCUUCCGCUACUCCACCUCCAUUAAUUGGCUACUCUGACUGGAAAGUCCUGAAAAAUUUGAGCUAUUCGAUAAAACACCCCAUAAUGCUAGUGGUUGCACAAGAGGACGAAGGAACUUCUGCUGCUGCAUUAUCUUCCGGAGCCUUACACGAAGUACCACUGCAGACUUCGAUAUCAGUGACUAAUGAAAGUGAAAACAAAAUGAACGCUUCAAAUAAUAACAGUAGCAGAAAUGCAAAAAGUGUACUUACGAAGAAUUUAACUUUGCCGAUGAUUUUAAAGUCUACUGCUUCUGGAGCUGGCCAGAUUAAUAGGGACGUGGCUUCUCAGUUUCAAGCUGUCACUCGUGCUGCAGCAACACUGAGUUCUAAUUCAAACAGUACAAUGAAAGAGGUGGCUUCAAAAUUGACCAGCAGCAAGGCGAGCACUGCACAACAAGCAUUCAAUGAUUUUGUUCAGAAAGUUGCACCGUUAAUUUUGCCUGCAGUGGCUAGUAUCUUGAAGUCAACGGACGCACAGUCACAACUGCAAAAAAGUAUCGAUGAAAAUGCGAAUUACAUUGGGUCACCACAACGAAUCGCAUUUGUGCGAAUGAAGCCUGAACGUGGAGUUGGAAUUAACAGAGUGGAUACUUCGUCCACAACAGCGCGAACUUGGAUUAGAGCACUAAAAAUUGAAAAAAUGCAAAAGAAUGAAUAUGGAAUAUCAAGGAAAAUGCAUUCUAACAUCGAUAUUAAACCGGGAAGCUCUGAGGAGAAUAAACUUGAGCACCGGCGAGGUGCAGAAAGCGCUGAACAACAUUUGCAAGUGAAUGAGAGAGCUGAAAUUCGUGGAGUGUUUGCGCAUAAAGUAAGUGGAGGCGACAGUAGUGGUCAUCAUGAUAAUGAUAAUGUUGAUGGUAACGAUGACGAUGGAGACACUAAAAUGGCCGAUGCAUCUGCACUAGUAAAUGCUCAGGAUUUAAAACUGAAAAGCAUUUAUAGCAAGCUUUUUGGAUAG